ACAAGCCAAAUCGCAUCCCACAUCCCGCAUCACGUGCGCGGCUAUACGCGCGCUUGCUUGCACUCACGAACCCCUCGACGCGUCUCUCUCAUCAUUCUCACCAGAACAACCACAAUCUCAUACAAUGGAACAGCCACCAGAGCAGCUCCCGCCUCCCGACAAUGACACCCUCGAGGAGGUAUCCCAUCAGCCAACGCCAAAUGCACAGCAGCCGCCCCCCACGCCGGGAGCACGCGCCACACGCUUCACAGAUCUGUACGCCCAGGCACUCAACCACACCCUCUCCAAGAUCUCCUACGACAACUUCCGCAGCUGCUACCCCACCAUACCCGAGUCGAUCCUGCGCCAGGUGCAGGCGCAAAUGGUCGGCAAGCUGGGUGACAAGUGCCGGAAGGAAUUCGACAGCAUCAUGGAGAACAGAAACGUCGUGGCACGGCUGAACGAGUUGGAGACGUUGGUGGGUGACGCGACGGAGCGGAAGAACCAGGGUGAAGAGGCUGGUGUACAACCGCAUCUGCUACCGCCAGAGAGGAUACUGCAGGCCCACCUCACACCGGCACUGCAGGCGCAUCAGUCGCAGCUCAACGCGCGGCUGCAGACCACGCAGUCGCAGAACGCACAGCUCCAUGCCGAGGUGCUGGACCAGCACGCCGAGAUUGAGGACCUGUUGACGAAGCUGGAAGCCGUGACGGGGGACGUCAAGGGCGCCAAUGCCGCGCUGGCGGAGGUCGUGGAGGCCUUGUCCCAGGAGGCACGUGAGGGUCGAGCUCUUGUAGAUGGGACAAGUGUGUGAAUCUGGUGAUACCUUGGGUUCAGUGGACUUUAAAGCAUUGGCGUUUUGGUGUUUUGACGAUUUGUAGUGGGAGGAUUGGGCUACUAUGCUACAACACUUGUUCCCGUCUUCGAGAAGGGUGAUCGGGAUGUGGAAUGCGAACAUUUUCAGUU